UUACUUAAUCUUAUUCGCUGCUUGUGCAUCUUUAUUUCCGUUAAUUCUGCAAAAUGAGAAGCAAGUUAUAUUGCGUAAUAUUCACAACGUAUGUUCAAUUCUCAUUCUCGGAGUUUGUCUUUGAUCGUGAUGUCACGAAGGCCGUCCGGAAGGAGCUUCGGAGAAGUUCAAAGUUAUUUCUUGAAAGGAACCAAAUAUUACUGACGGAACCAUUUGAGUCUGAAAGGUUUGUCGAUAAAAACGGUUUUCCUUCGUCUAACGGAAUUCAAUCGCAGAAAGAACCUCCAAAUCCGGUGCAACUGACGGAUAACGCAACCAAACGCCCAAAGAGAUCGGCUUGCCCUGGGGGCGUUGGCAACUUCGGCUUCAACUCCUUCAAUCUGCUGACGUUCGCUCUGCAAGUCUUCAACGGCGUCAUUAACACAAUCAACAACGUCAACAAUAACAAUAACAACAAUAACAUCAAUGCAGCCAACAGUGCCAACAGCAACUUCAACCAGCAAACCUCCAAUACGAAUUCAAUGUCGAUGCUGGUGGUCGUCGUUCCCCCGGGAAGGAAGAGAAGGGACGAAUGGAACAACGAAAGUGGGGGAUGCGCAUCGCAGGGAAAUGACGAGGAGGUCAGAAGGGUCGUCGAAGAUACUUAUUCCACGCUCGCUGAAAUCAUGAAAUUGUCAGACACAGAUAUGGCGUCCUGUGGACAGUACGUCCUUUGCUUGAAUGUGCAAAAUAGCUUAGCUCGAUAUGGGUUUCAGGCGCUAAGUACUAUGGCCGGUAGAGAGAGUCUGUGGGAAUCAAUCGUUGAACCGAUGAUAACCAAUCAAGAUUGUUCGGAACUUUACCCAGAGUGUAAUGAGAAUUAUAAUAAAAAGUAA